UUAUGCAUGAUGUUUUACGAUCUUUUGGAGAAAAAUUGAUGGAAGAGGAAGGGAUUAUCAUUAAUAAUGGUCAAUGCACAAGUAGAAAUUCUUUGACAAAGAUUCGUCGUUUGUCCAUCUCAAACCAAGGUGAUGAUGUGUUAUCUCUUCCCAAUGUGAUAACAGAGCAAAAGUGUUUAAGAGUCCUACGCCUCAUCAAUUGCCCUCGAAUCAACCGAAUAGAGAAUCAUGCAUUUGAAAGCUUAAAGCGUCUCAGAGUCUUGGAUUUGUGUGAUACAUCCAUAGACAGCCUCCCAGAUUGUCUUACGAAAUUGUUACAUCUAAAAUACUUGGAUCUUGAUCGAACAAAGAUUAGAAGGCUUCCUGAAUCCAUUGGGUGUCUUGCAAACCUGCAAACUUUGAAUCUGUCGGAGUGUGAAUCACUGCAUGAACUUCCAAUGGGGAUCACAAAGUUAAGCAAUUUGAGGUGCCUUCGAAUUGAGAAGACUCCGCUCACCCAUGUUCCAACGGGAGUUGGGAAGCUGAAAAAUCUCAGCACUCUUUUGGGAUUUUUUGUCGGCCAUUGUGACUCCAUGAGCAAGAUGGAUGGAGGUUGUGACUUGGACGAGUUGCAAUAUUUGUGCAAUCUAAGACACUUACGGAUAGAUAAAUUGGAAAGGGCAACAAGGACAAGAAACGGAAACUUUAUGCUUGCGAACAAAAAAUUUCUCAGGAGAUUGAUUCUUGAAUGCAGGGCCGGCUAA